AUGGCCGCUCGUCAUUCGCGCAAGCUCCUGCGACCUCUGCUCUACACCUCCGCGGCCGCGGCCGCCGGAGCGGGCCUUCUCUACAUCUCCUACCGUCCUCACUUGAAGAAGAGCCAGCAAGAAGACGAGCCUUAUGACCUGUUGGUCAUUGGUGCCGGAGCUACCGGCUCCGGUAUCGCUCUCGAUGCUGCGACGCGAGGAUUGAGGGUCGCGAUGGUUGAGCGCGACGAUUUCAGUUCCGGAACUUCUAGCAAGAGUACUAAGUUGGUUCACGGUGGUGUUCGUUACUUGGAGAAGGCUUUCUGGGAGUUGGAUUACAACCAGUACGCAUUGGUGAAGGAGGCUCUUCGUGAGCGUCGCUGGUUUUUGAACACAGCUCCACACUUGUCAUCAUGGCUGCCCAUCAUGGUGCCGCUGCAAAAAUGGUGGCAGGCUCCCUACUUCUGGGCAGGUUGCAAGGCCUAUGACCUUCUGGCUGGCUCCGAGGGCAUUGAGAGCUCCUACUUCCUGACCAAGAGUAAGGCCAUUGACUCUUUCCCCAUGCUGAAGCGUGACAAUGUGGUCGGUGCCAUGGUCUACUAUGAUGGUGCUCACAACGAUUCUCGCAUGAAUGUUUCCCUAGCCAUGACCGCCGCCCUCUACGGCAGUACCGUGGUGAACCACAUGGAGGUCACCGGUCUGACCAAGGAUGCGGAUGGAAAGCUGUGCGGUGCGGUCAUGAAGGAUGUGAUCCCCGGAAAGGAUGGCAAGGAGAGUAAGGAGUUCACGAUCCGCGCCAAGGGUAUCAUCAAUGCCACUGGUCCCUUCUGUGACUCUAUCCGCAAGAUGGACGAGCCCGAGACCAAGGAGAUCGUUGCGCCCAGCUCUGGUGUUCACAUCAUCCUCCCCGGUUACUACAGCCCCUCGGACAUGGGUCUCAUCGACCCGUCUACUUCUGACGGCCGUGUCAUCUUCUUCCUUCCCUGGCAGGGUAACACCAUCGCCGGUACCACCGAUGCCCCCACCGAGAUCACCGCCAACCCCGAGCCUUCCGAGGAGGAUAUCAACUGGAUUCUGAAGGAGAUUCGCGGUUAUCUGGCUCCCGAUAUCAACGUGGAGCGUGGUGAUGUCCUGGCCGCUUGGUCCGGUAUCCGUCCCCUGGUGCGCGACCCCAACAAGACCAGCUCCCAGGCUCUGGUCCGCAACCACCUGGUCUCCGUCUCUGCUUCCGGCCUGUUGACCUGCGCCGGUGGUAAGUGGACCACCUACCGCCAGAUGGCCGAGGAGGCUGUCGAUGAGGCUAUCAGCUCUUUCAAGCUGAAGCCCCGCUCCCUGACCAACAUCCCCGACAUCAGUGGUGUUGGUGGCAGCGGCCUCGUGGCUGACGGUGCUACCCUGAACGGUACCUGCCAGACCCACCAAGUGCGUCUGAUCGGUGCCCACGGUUUCUCCAAGACUCUUUUCAUUAACCUGAUCCAACACUUUGGUCUCGAGACCGACGUCGCUAAGCACCUCACCGAGUCCUACGGUGACCGUGCCUGGCAAGUUGCUGCCCUCUCCGCCCCAACCCACGAGCGUUUCCCCGUCCGUGGCUGCCGUAUCUCUCCCCUGUACCCCUUCGUCGAUGGCGAGGUCCGCUACGCCGUCCGCCACGAGUAUGCUCAGACUGCCGUUGACGUCAUUGCCCGCCGUACUCGUCUGGCCUUCCUGAACGCCGAGGCUGCCCUGGAGGCCCUUCCCCAAGUCAUCGAUCUGAUGGGUGAUGAGUUGAACUGGACCCCUUCGCGCAAGGAUGUCGAGUGGAAGGACUCACUCAAGUACCUGGCCUCCAUGGGUCUCCCUCAGACUUUCAUGAAGCUGUCCCGGAAGGAGGUGCAGAGUGGCCGAGUGAUGGAGCUUGAUGAGGAAGCAUACAAGAACUUCUCUCGCACUGGUAAGCCACCACCCUAUCUACCUUCUACCUACCUAUGA